CGGGUGUAUAUUUUGAGCGGGAUUAUGAUUUGCUAUGGAUACGGCUAGCUGCGCGUGAGGAUGAAUGGGGAGAAAAUGGAGGUUGGAUGGAACCACCAUCAGCAUCCCUGUGGGGACGGCAUUGCUGACCGAGUCGAAGUUCACAUUGAGGUUCAUGUCAAAUCACAGAGCACAGCGAGACGGGCCGAAGUCCGGACGCAUGUUUUGGCUCUGCUCGACCGACACAGCCUGGUUAUGGGCUUCUUCAAGUGGACAGAAUUUGAUGAUGACUUCCUGACUAAAAACGUGGAGUCUGUCGCCGUGGUGGACGUCGAAGCACAGCCUCUCGAUUUGAAGUUGAGCAGUCUGUGCAUUCACAUCUUCUCUCUCAACGACGAUGGCCCGAGCAUGCUCAACCUGGAGGAGGAGGAGGAGCUAUCUGCUGCCAAUCACUGGCUCUUGCCAGCAGCUGAGUUUCACGGGAUAUGGGAGAGCCUGGUUUAUGAGGAAGGAAUCAAAGCGCAGCUCUUGGAUUAUGUUUCGACAGCAAUCUUCUUCUCUGACAAAAACGUUGACAGCAAUCUGGUUGCCUGGAAUCGCGUCGUGUUGCUUCAUGGACCUCCAGGCACAGGAAAGACGUCACUGUGUAAAGCACUGGCGCAGAAACUCUCCAUCAGACUCUCAGGAAGAUAUUCCUACGGACAAUUCGUAGAAAUCAACAGCCACAGUUUGUUCUCAAAAUGGUUUUCAGAGAGCGGGAAACUCGUCACGAAGAUGUUUCAGAAGAUUCAAGAGCUGAUAGAUGAGAAAGAAGCCCUUGUUUUUGUUCUUAUUGAUGAGGUGGAGAGUCUAACAGCGGCGAGAAACGCCUCUCAGGCUGGAACCGAACCUUCAGAUGCCAUCCGAGUGGUCAACUCUGUCCUUACACAGCUGGACCAGAUCAAAAGACAUCCGAACGUGGUGAUCCUCACUACCUCAAACGUAACAGAGAAGAUCGACCUAGCCUUCGUGGACAGAGCGGAUAUAAAGCAGUAUAUCGGCUUGCCGAGCGCCCAAGCCAUCUUCAACAUCUACCUAUCCUGUCUGGAGGAGCUCAUGAAGCGGCAGAUCAUUUACCCCCGGCAGCAGCUCCUGAACCUCGAGGAGCUUGAUACGUUAAACUAUAUCGAGAGCGACGUGACCGAGCUCAGUCUUCACCUGCAGAAAAUCGCUGAGAAGAGUGUCGGCCUCAGUGGACGCACCUUGAGGAAAAUCCCCUUCUUGGCUCAUGCUCUUUACGCAAAGACACCUGUGAUGACGGUCGAGCGCUUUCUAAGUGCCAUGGACAAGGCUGUGGAUCAUCAGAUGAAGGAACGGGAGAAACUGGUUAACUGUGUAUGAGCGUAAGCUAGUGGUCAAAGGUUACUAAUCUGUCUCUGGUCUGUCCGUCACCGACUCUAAGUGUUAUUUACCAAACUCUGAGUUGGUUCCCUAGUUUAAGCUUUCACCGUGUUGACUUUUCUGAAGAGCACUUUAUGAGCAGGAUGUUUUAUAAACACAAUGCGGCAAGUUUUUCUUC